AAAUCAUGAAGUUUAUUUUUGCUUUCCUUUUAUUGGCUACGCUCUCUAUGGUGUCAAUGCUAUUCUACAUCAACUUCUUAAAAGAACUACUACCUUUAAUCAAUGUGAAAAAACACACCCUCAACUCACUGUCAUACUUUCACCUGAUCCUGUCGUUCCUGGAGAAACUGAUACUUUUACUAUUUCUGAUCCUGUAGCUAAGGCUCCCAUAGGUAAUCCAACUACUGCGCCAGCCGACCUUAAAACACCAUUUUCUCAAGUAUUGAAUGUUAAUGUGCCAGCAACAUUACCUAAUCCAUACGGUAUUAUAGCUGCUGUUGGGACUCAAGAUACACAUGAAAUUAUAGGCUGUGAAUUUAAUAUUGUUGGUUCUGCUAAAUCUGCAUGCAGAUAUCGACUAUUAUCCCAUCCCAUUAUUAUGAAUUAUAAUAAAAAUCAAAAUAGAAUAAUUUAA